CUCUCCCUGCGGAUCCUGUCAGCUCGAGCGCUCCUCGUCACUCAUUCAUUCGUUUUAUUUCUCAAUUUCUGUCCGUCGGAAUCAACCGAACCGCGUCCAGCAUGUUCGAGGAGGCCAGUGAGGUGCUGGAGAACAUGCUAAAGUGGUCGUUUCCGCUGAGUUUGGUGCUGUUUUUGGUUCUGAUGUGUCCGCUUCGUGCGGAAGCAGCGCAUGAGUUCAGUGUGUACCGCAUGCAGCAGUACGAUCUGCAGGGACAAACCUACGGUUCCAGAAAUGCCAUUUUAAACACUGAAGCUCGUACGGUGGAGGACGAGGUGCUCAGCCGUCGAUGUGUGAUGAUGCGGCUCGCUGAUUUCUCGUACGAGAAAUAUCAGAAAGCUCUCCAACAGUCCGCGGGAGCCGUCAUCAUCAUCCUGCCCCAGAACAUGUCCACUAUGCCUCAGGACAUAGUCCAGCAGUUCAUGGAGCUGGAGCCGGAGCUGUUGGCCACAGAGACCAUCGUCCCUGUGUACUUCGCUCUGGAGGACGAGGAGCUGCUGUCCAUUUACACACAAACACAGAUGUCCUCCUCGUCACAGGGGGCUUCAUCGGCUGCUGAAGUGCUGCUUCACUCGGCGACGGCUAACGGUUUUCAGAUGGUGACCAGUGGAGCUCAGAGUAAAGCUCUCAGUGACUGGGCCAUCACCAGCCUAGAGGGGCGACUAACAGGAGUGGGUGGAGAAGAGCUGCCCACUAUUGUCCUGGUGGCUCAUUACGACUCGUUCGGAGUUGCUCCAUGGCUGUCGUACGGCGCGGACUCAAACGGUAGCGGAGUCGCCAUUCUCCUGGAACUUGCGCGCCUCUUCUCCAGACUUUAUUCCUACAAGAGAACUCACGCAGGGUAUAAUCUGCUGUUUUUCUUGUCGGGAGGUGGGAAAUUUAACUAUCAAGGGUCUAAACGCUGGCUGGAGGACAAUCUGGAUCACACAGAUUCCAGUCUGCUGCAGGAUAACGUGGCGUUUGUUUUGUGUCUGGACACUUUGGGUAAUGGCGACAAUCUUUACCUUCAUGUGUCCAAACCACCAAAAGAAGGAAGCCCCCAACACACCCUGCUGAAAGAACUGGAGACUGUGUCGGCCCAGCAGCACCCUGAUCUGAAGUUCUCAAUGGUCCACAAAAAGAUCAACCUGGCCGACGACACUUUGGCAUGGGAGCACGAGCGAUUCGGCAUCCGCCGUCUGCCCGCGUUCACCCUGUCGCACCUGGAGAGCCACCGCAGCGCGGAGCGUCACUCCAUCAUGGACAUGCGGUCAGUGUCGCCCUCUCUGGAGGGGGCGGGAGAGGCCACCGCCGGACCUCAUGUGGAUUUGAAGAAACUCAGUCGUAACACAAAAGUCAUUGCAGAGACUCUGGCGAGGGUGAUAUACAACCUGACAGAAAAAGGUGCCAGUGGAGACCUGGAGAUCUUUACUGAACAGAUGCAGGUACAGGACGAGCAGCUGACGUCACUGUUGGACUGGCUAACCGCUCAGCCGCGAGCCGCACAACUGGUGGACAAAGACAGCAGCAUCGUCAACACGCUGGAGUAUCACAUGAGCCGCUAUCUAAAGGACGUCAAGAGACAUCUAGUCAGAGCAGAUAAGAGGGAUCCAGAGUUUGUCUUUUACGAUCAACUUAAGCAGACCAUGAAUGCUUAUAGGGUAAAACCAGCGAUCUUCGACCUGCUGCUAGCUGUCUGUAUCGCAUCUUAUCUCGGAGUGCUCUAUCUCGCCGUACAGAAUUUUGGACUUCUGUACGGUUUCCUGCGCAGAGUCACCGCACCUCGGGUCAAACAACACUAACGUACGACUUCUGUCUCUUCUCGCACCUGCAAUAUUAGGGACCUCAGGGGUCCCACAGCAGAGCCAAGAGUGUGUCCGGUUUCCUUAUAACAUGUUUGUGUGUUUGUUUGAUUAUUUUUCUGAGAAUGAAAGUUGAUUUUCAUGCCAAGUGUUUCAUCCACUGCUCCUCUGCAAGCCUUCAAAUCUUCGCUGUCCCAACGCUGCCUCAUUCCUACUGUGUCCUACAUCCUUAAAGCAACUGUUCAAAUGAAAAUUCUGCCAUUUACUCAGCCUCAUGUCAUUCUGCCUAAAAUAUAUUUUUUCCGGAUUUGAAACGACGUAAAAAGGCGACAGCAUUUUCAUUUUUUGGGUGGUCUAUCCCUUUAAAAAUACAAUGUGUAAUUGUUCGAACGGAGCCACUUAGUCGAACACUGAAUGGAGGAACUGGCUAAAUGUCGAGUGUUGCAGUUGUUCAAUGGGUGUUUGUUGUGUUAUCAUUAACUUCCCGAGUCAAUUACGGAUUGUACUUUUAAGCAGUGUUUCCUGAAAGCAUUGGGUAUCUUCACUGGCAGCUACUACAGAGUGGGCCAAAUCAUGCUCUGGGUUGAGUUGAAGUCUUCGUAUGUCUGACACUAAAUCUUUUUCGCAAGUUUCAACUCACUUCGGUGCAAAAACUGCUGAUUCUCUUUAAAGCGAGUAUUAUAUGUUUAUAAUGUGACGAUUGGUGACCGAUAUUUCAUGUUUUUCUUCACCUAAUUUUAUCUUGAAGAUUACAAUCCCUCUUAAACAAGUCGAAUAACGUUUUUGUCACAGUGUACAGUUCUUCUGCAUACAAACCCCGAUUUCUUUCCGAAUGCUAAUUCCUUGUGUGCUUUGACAUCCGAAGUCCAGUCCUGCUUUCACCAUUUAUGUGAAUGCAGUAGGGUACAAAUUUGCUGUUAUUUAUGGAAGUUAAUAAUGCUUCGACUUGCACUGAUUUAAAAUCUUUUGUUCUCCCAAUUUUACUUUUCGAACUGUAGAAACUAGGGGUACACAAACUUGAUUCUUGGGGCAAAAGACGAAGUAAAAAAUAAAUAAAGGCAUUUGUUGAAAUAA